AUGGCCAGAUUUUACUCGUCAUUGCUUCGACCUGUUUUCUCCUUUACCGAUCAGUUUCCUCCCAUUGCGAUUAAUGAAUCUGUCUGUCUGUCUAUCUAUAUACCUUUUUUUUUUUGUUCAUAUUAUCUAUCUAUCUAUCUAUCUAUCUAUCUAUUUAUCUGUUCUUUUUUAAUAAACAACAUUCAUUUCUUUCUGUUCAUAUCUAUCUAUUAUAUAUUCAUCUAUCUAUCUAAUCCAAUUUCCGUUUCUCUCUUUCUUACUCUUUCUUUCUCCUUCUAUCUAUCUAUCUAUCUAUCUAUCUAUCUAUCUAUCUAUCUAUAUCUAUCUAUCUUUCUCUUACUCUCUCUCUCUCUCUCUCUCUAUCGAUCAAUCAGUCUGUUUCUUUCUUUCUUACUUUCUCCAUCUAUCUAUCUGAUCAUACCUAGUAGUCUUUUUGUAUCUCUCUAUCAGUCUCUGUUUAGUCCUCUUUCUCUAUGUAUAUCUCUCUCUAUCGAUCUAUCUAUCAGUCUGUUUCUCUCUUUCUUAAUCUCUCUCUCUCUAUCUAUCUGUUCAUAA